AUGGACACCAAGCUCGUACACGGGGGCGUGCACCGCGACGAGUGGACCACCGACCCGCUGAAGCGCUCCGUCGUCAACCCGCCGGUCUACCACUCGUCCACGGUCGUCUUCCCCAACGUCGCCGCGCUGCGCUUCGCCUCGUCCGACUGGCCGUUCACCGGCAUGUGGUACGGCCGCCACGGCAACCCCACCACGUUCGCCCUGGAGGAGGCCUUCGCCGCCCUGGAGGGCGCGGACAACGCCUGCCUCACCGCAUCGGGCGUCGCCGCCGUCAACGCCGCCAUACUGGCCUUUGUCAAAGCGGGCGACCAUAUACUCAUGACCGAUGCCGUGUACGAGCCCUCGCGAGCCUUUUGCGACCUCUUUCUGAAAAGGUUUGGGGUGUUCACUACCUAUUUCUCACCGUGUGUGUCGCCCGACCACUUUGCCACCCUCAUUCGCGAUAACACCACCCUCGUCCUAGUCGAGAGCCCGGCUAGCCUCAGCUUUGAGGUCAUGGACGUCCCGGCCAUCGCGGAGAAAGCCCAUGCGCGGGGGCUCAAGGUCCUUAUUGACAACACUUAUGGGCCCACCCUCUUCGCUCCAUUCGACAAUGGAUGUGAUGUCUCCAUCAAUGCCGCCACAAAGUACAUUGCCGGCCACUCAGACCUCAUGAUGGGCAUUGUUGCCGCCAAGGACCCCGAGACGUAUAGGGCCAUCAAGAAAUCCGUUGCGGAGCUAGGCUGCCCCCCAGGGACAGACGACGCCUACCUGGCUUUGCGCGGCCUUCGAACGCUUGGUGUCCGCCUCAGGCAGCACGGCGAGAGUGGCUUAAAGAUCGCAAAGUGGCUCGAGCAGCGCCCGGAGAUCAUCCGCGUCAUGCAUCCUGGUCUGGAGAGCCACCCCCAACAUCACCUCUUCAAGAAACAGUUCAAGGGCUCGGCUGGCUUGUUUGGCUUCCAGUUAAAAGCCGGCUUUUCACAAAAGGCUGUGGAUGCCAUGCUUGAUGGCAUGAAGCUGCAUGCCAUGGGGUUUUCGUGGGGUGGCUUUGAAAGCCUGCUCAUCCAGAAUAAUAUUAACUCGUGUCGCACUGUAGAACAGUGGAAGUAUGGCGAUGGAUAUGGCCAGACCAUGCGUAUCCACGUCGGGCUCGAGGACAUUGCUGACCUCAUUGCUGACCUGGAGCAGGGCUUUGAAAGACUGACUAGUGCUUAG